AUGUACGACCCGGAGCGCGGCUGGAGCCUGUCCUUCGCGGGCUGCGGCUUCCUGGGCCUCUACCACGUCGGGGCCACCCACUGCCUGAGCGAGCGCGCCCCGCACCUCCUCCGCCACGCGCGCAUGUUCUUCGGCUGCUCGUCCGGGGCGCUGCACGUCGUGGCCUUCCUGUCCCGCAUCCCGCUGGAACAGAUAUUGGUGAUCCUCAUGGACCUUGUGCGGAAGGCCCGGAGCCGAAACAUCGGUAGCCUCCACCCAUUCUUCAACAUAAACAAGUGCCUCCGAGAUGGUCUCCAAGAGAACCUCCCGGACAACGUCCACCAGCUCAUCUCUGGCAGGAUCUGCAUCUCACUCACCAGGGUGUCUGACGGGAAGAACAUACUGGUGUCUGAGUUCCAGUCCAAAGAUGAGGUCGUGGAUGCUCUGCUGUGCUCCUGUUUCAUCCCUUUCUACUCUGGCUUGAUCCCCCCUUCCUUCCGAGGCGAGCGAUAUGUGGAUGGGGGAGUAAGCGACAACGUCCCCCUGCUGGAUGCCAGAGACACCAUCACAGUGUCCCCAUUCUAUGGGGAGCAUGACAUCUGCCCGAAAGUCAAGUCCACCAACUUCUUCCAAGUGAACAUCACCAACCUCAGUCUCCGCCUCUGUGCUGGGAACCUCCACCUGAUGUCCAAAGCGCUCUUUCCAGCAGACGUCAAGGAGAUGGGCGCACUCUGCUUUCAAGGAUACAUAGACGCCUUCCGGUUCUUGCAAGAGAAUGGCAUCUGCAACAAACCCCAGCGCAGCCUGAAUCUGCCCUCGGAGAAGGUGGAGCCAGAGGCCAUGGCGUCCUCCGGGGAACACAGCAGCCUGGAGGGCAAGCUGCAGGACCCUCUGUGCCUCGCGACUGCGUCCUGGGAUGAGAGCGUCCUGGAGACCCUGUCGCCCAGGCUCACACUAGCGCUGAGCCUGGCGACCAAAGACAAAGGGAGCUACCUGAGCAAGGUGAGCAGCCUCCUGCCCGUCAGGAUCCUGUCCUACGUGAUGCUGCCCUGCACGCUGCCCGUGGAGUCCGCGCUUGCCACCGUCCUCAGACUGGUUUCAUGGCUCCCGGACAUCCCAGAUGACAUCCAGUGGCUACAGUGGGCAACUCUGCAGAUUUACUCUCGUGUGACAAUGUGUCUGCUCCCCUCCUCCAGAUCCCAGGCACCCAAGAGAGGCCAACAAGCCUGCCUGCAAAAGCCAGAGUGUGACCCCGACGGUGUGUAGACUUCUGGUCUCGCUGCUCCCCGUGGACUUGGGUGUUUGCCCCAUGGACGGUCCAGGAGGGGACCCCAACCGAGGCUGCCUGGUUUCCACCUCAGGUCCAACCUGGAGCCACAAAGUAUCUACCUAGCGAGGUGCUGCUGCCUGGGCCGCUGUGUGGUGAUCCCCGUGUCUGUGGUCUCAUCCUGGGCUCUUGGCCACGUUGUUGGUGUCUGGAAACCAAAGACAACGGGUGUGAUUUUUAGGGCAGCUUGCAAAGCUGUCAUGAGGUCUAGAUCCAAUCCAGUGCUCAAGGAGAGCUACCCCAAACUCUGCUAGCUCACAUGGUGGGCCUGAGGCCGGGAAGCCCAGUGAGGAGGCUCUCUUGCCCACUCGGUUUCUCAGCCUGCCAAUGGGUGGAGGGCGCGGGGGUCGGCAGUGUUUGGACGGGGUCCUGUGGCUGUGCGUGCUUGGAAGAGCUUACCAUUGUCCCAGCAACCUGUGCAGGAAGGGCAGUGGGAGUGGGUGUGGCUGUCCCUGAGAAGGGCCAUCCUAUUGGGUGGUAGGAAAAGAUAACUUAUUUAUAUUUGAAGAUACCUUUUAUAGUCUAGCUAAAAUACUUUCUAGAGAGUCUUGCCUAAACCUGUGAGGGAAUAUGUCAGUCAUGUCAAUUAUAUAUGUGAGUGAGAUGAGAUUAGGGUUAGCCUUGAACUUAAAACCUCGUGUAUGCCGGGCAUGGUGGCGCACGCCUUUAAUCCCAGGACUCGGGAGGCAAAGGUAGGAGGAUCACCGUGAGUUCGAGGCCACCCUGAGACUACAUAGUGAAUUCCAGGUCAGCCUGGGCUAGAGUGAGCCCCUACCUCGGAAAAAAAAAAAAAAAAACACCCCACCUCAUGGAUGUGCAAGCAGU